GAGAGAGAGAGAGUGAGAGAGAGAGAGCGAGAGAGAGUGAGAGCGAGAGAGAGAGAGAGCGUGUGCGCGCGCGUGCGCACGGAGGUUAAGCGGACUUGUUUGGUCUGUACAGGCAGAGAGGAGUCGCCGCCGAGGACGCGUUGAGCACACGGAGCAACACACCAGCUGCCGAGGCCCCGGUUCGUUCAGCCCCGCCGCCGACAUAAAAACAACCCCCACGACGACAACUCACAUCUCACGACACUCGCAACCGCCGUCCUUCGUCAGCGCCGCCCGGCCCGGAACAUAAAGAAACAGGAACCAUGCCCGAAAGGAGGCCCUUCGUGCGGCUACCAGCUGACGUCUACCCCGUCAACUACGGCUUGUGCCUGAAGCCCGACCUGAUCGACUUCACGUUCGAGGGCAAGCUGGAGGCGCUGGUGGAGGUCACACAAGCCACAAAUCAGAUCGUGAUGAACUGCGCCGACAUCGACAUCAUCACGGCUUCCUUCGUACCGGAGGGAGGAGAAGAAAUUAACGCCACGGGAUUCAACUAUCAGAACGAGGACGAGAAAGUCACCUUGUCGUUUCCCAGCACGCUACAGACAGGCUCCGGCACAUUGAAGAUCGACUUUGUCGGGGAGCUCAACGACAAAAUGAAAGGAUUCUACAGAAGUAAAUAUACAACCGCAGCGGGAGACAUCCGCUACGCUGCUGUCACACAGUUCGAGGCGACGGAUGCCCGCAGAGCUUUCCCCUGUUGGGACGAGCCAGCCAUCAAAGCAACUUUUGACAUCACUCUGAUCGUUCCUAAGGAGCGAGUCGCCUUGUCGAACAUGAAUGUCAUCGAGCGAAAGCCGUGUCCCGAGGACGAAAACCUGGUGGAGGUGAAGUUCGCCACCUCGCCCGUCAUGUCCACGUACCUCGUAGCGUUCGUCAUCGGCGAAUACGACUUUGUGGAGAGCCAGUCGACUGACGGUGUGACGGUGCGCGUCUACACGCCGGUGGGGAAGGCGGAACAAGGGAAGUUUGCGCUGGAGGUCGCGACCAAGACUUUACCGUUCUACAAAGACUACUUCAGUGUUCCUUAUCCAUUGCCGAAAAUUGAUCUCAUAGCUAUUGCCGAUUUUGCUGCUGGUGCCAUGGAGAACUGGGGCCUUGUCACCUACAGGGAGACGGCACUGCUCAUCGACCCAAAGAACUCCUGCUCGUCCUCCAGGCAGUGGGUGGCGCUGGUGGUUGGACACGAACUCGCCCACCAGUGGUUUGGAAACUUGGUCACCAUGGAAUGGUGGACCCAUCUGUGGCUGAACGAGGGCUUCGCGUCCUGGAUCGAGUAUCUGUGCGUGGACCACUGCUUCCCAGAGUACGACAUCUGGACCCAGUUCGUCUCGGCCGACUACACCCGCGCUCUGGACCUGGACGCGCUGGACAGCAGCCAUCCCAUAGAGGUGAACGUGGGCCAUCCGUCGGAGGUGGAUGAAAUCUUUGACGCCAUCUCCUACAGCAAGGGAGCGUCUGUGAUCCGCAUGUUGCAUAACUACAUCGGAGACGAGGAUUUUAGGAAAGGAAUGAAUGCCUAUCUUCUGAAGUUCCAGCAUAAAAAUGCAUCGACGGAGGACCUAUGGGACUGUCUGGAACAGGCCAGUGGGAAACCCAUCGCUGCGGUGAUGAGUUCGUGGACCAAGCAGAUGGGCUUCCCCAUCAUCGUGGUGGACCAGGAGCAGCAAGGCAACGACCGCAUCCUCAAGUUAUCUCAGAAGAAAUUCUGUGCCAGUGGACCACACAGCGGUGAGGACUCCCCCAGCUGGAUGGUCCCCGUUAGUAUUUGCACCAGCGAGGACCCGACAUGCAGCAAGCUCAAGGUUCUGCUGGACAGACCCGAGACGACCGUCACUGUGAGCGGCGUCGCUCCGGACCAGUGGGUCAAGAUCAACCCCGGCACCGUGGGCUUCUAUCGUAUCCAGUACAGCUCGUCCAUGCUGGAGAGUCUGCUGCCGGGCGUCAGAGACCUCAGCCUGCAGCCCGUCGACCGACUCGGCCUGCAGAACGACCUCUUCUCCCUGUCUCGCGCGGGGAUGAUCAGCACGGUCGAGGUGCUGAAGCUGAUGGAGGCGUUCGUCAAUGAGCCCAACUACACGGUGUGGAGUGACCUCAGCUGCAACCUGGGGGUGCUGUCCUCUCUGCUGUCACACACCGACUUCCACGAGGACAUCCAAGAGUUCAUCCGCGAACUCUUCACCCCCGUCGGCCUCGAGCUCGGCUGGGACAGCAGACCCGGAGAAGGUCACCUGGACGCCCUGUUGAGGAGUCUAGUUCUGGGGAAGCUCGGCAAGGCGGGACACAAACCCACACUGGAGGAGGCCAGGCGGAGAUUCAAGGAUCACGUGGACGGGAAACAGGUCCUGCCCGCCGACCUGAGGAGCCCGGUGUAUUUAACAGUGCUGAAGCACGGAGACAGCGCCACGUUGGACACGAUGCUGAAGCUCCACAAGCUGGCUGACAUGCAGGAGGAGAGGAAUCGCAUCGAGCGAGUGCUGGGCGCCAUCUCGGCCCCCGACCUCAUUCAGAAAGUCCUCCUCUUCGCCCUCUCGGAAGAGGUUCGUCCCCAGGACACAGUGUCGGUAAUCGGGGGUGUGGCUGGAAGCAGCAAACAAGGUCGGAAAGCUGCCUGGAAGUUUGUCAAGGACAACUGGGAGGAGCUUUACAACCGCUACCAGGGCGGCUUCCUCAUAUCACGACUCAUAAAGCUCACGGUCGACAGCUUCGCUAUUGACAAAAUGGCUGCUGAAGUGAAGAGCUUCUUCGAGAGUCACCCGGCGCCGUCGGCCGAGCGCACGGUGCAGCAGUGUUGCGAGAACAUCCUCCUCAACGCCGCCUGGCUGAAGCGCGACGCCAACGACAUCCAACAGUAUCUACUGCAGCGCAAGGCGCCCCCCGUCUGAGCCGCUGCCUUCCCUCCUCCCCCCGUUCGCCGCCGCCGCCUCCUCUAGCCCCCCCCCCCAACCCUCCCUCCAGCGCCGACCUCCCAGGAGCAGCAGGCUUCACUUCCUCUAAAGGAACUGUAUGAAAUUUAACAAGACAAAGAAUCCAACAGUGCUGGGAGGAGAAACACACACAGAGACUCUUUUUACGUUGACGAAGGGAAAAUCCAUUUCAAGCCGGACCAGGAAUGUAGUUUUAGCCUUGUUCUGUCCUUGAGCGGACGAAACACGCCGCGUUGUGAAUCCACUGCUCGGCAAUGACGUCGCAGAAAACACCAGGAAACGAUCGCUAACCCUGCUCACGCGCCCGACGUCACCCGCCCCGUAUAUGCACCCCCCAUCCUCCUCCUCCUUCACCUCUGCGUCGUAGCUGAGAAAACUGUGAAAACCCCCCCCCCCCUCCUCUUUUUCCUGCUGCCACUCAUCUUGAAUGCAUGAAGUGUGAUUUUCUACAUUUGCUGCUUUGUUUACGUCCAAUUUGUUUCCUCUGGGUCGCCCCCCCCCCCUCUCAAGUCGGUAUCCUCCUCACCCUCCUCCUCACUUUGGGGUGCUGUGAUUGGGCAAGAAGCUGGAAGCAACCUGGGCAGAAUGGGGUUCUAAACAGUAGUGGACUGUUGUAGAUUCCAACAGCACUGAUUAUCCAUUGCUAAUAAACCGUUAGGGGCGAGGCGAGCAGCGCUAGCAUGGUACUACAUUGUAAAACUGUAUAAUGCAAGGUUUUCUUUUCUUUUCUUUUUUUUUUUUUGUGGAUGUUCCUUUAAAAAUAAUUAAAUGGGUUUGAUUAACACACACACCCAUCCACCCACCCCUCGAGCUCGGGUUUAAAUAGUUCAAAUCACCAACAAGCGUAUUUAAAUCCCCCCCGUUUCUUUUUUCUGCCCCCCCCUCGAUGAAAUGCAGAUAUUGGCACUUUUUUUUUUUUUUAUAAGACAAUAGAUUCAGUGAUUUAUUUAAUGUUCAGAUCAUAAUCGUAUAUUCUGAGGUAAAGGAGAUUGAGGAGAAAAGAAAAGAAAAAAAAAGAUCACAGCACUACUUCUCGGGGCCUUUUCACUCUGACGUAACAUCAGGAAGAAGAAAAAAAAAAUGCCGCCUCCUGCGGCCGGCGGUCCGGCGUGGCUCUGCCCCCCCCCCCCCCCCCCCCCCGGACUCUGUGGACUUUGACCGGCGCCGUCGAACUCGGACGCCUUAAGAUCCGUCGACUGGUUUGCAGUGAGUUGUUUGGACGGGGGUCUUCCACACGACAUCAGAUGUAUCUAAUGUGACAGAUUAUGCAGACUUGUUGAGCGAGUAUAUCUAUAUAGAAUUUACAAUUUGAUGUGUGUUUUUGACAAACGUACCCACGAAGUCAUCCGACCUGCUGUCGACUCUUUUCCCCCUGGAACAUUUGUUGUUGUUUUCUUUUUCUUUUGUUUGGUUUCUUUCUUUUUCUUUUUUCUUUUGUUUAAAACUACAGUUGGUGUUCAUUAAAGUGAAAAAAGGAAUUAUAAAAACAACUGAUGUGACAAUAGUACAUGUUGAUUUUGUGUGUGAAAUGAUAUGGUUAACGUAAUACUAAUGGUAAAUGCAGCAGUGGGAUGAGCAACGUCUUUAUUAUUUAAAAAAACCUGGAGGAGAAUGAAAUUAGUGAGAGAAAAUUCAAAUGUCAACACAUUUUGGUUUUUUGUCUGUAGAAAAUGUUGCAGCGGUGCUUGGCUCCAAGUUUGCAUCGUUGUGUGAUGUCAUCUGGUAUUUUUUCUGAUGAAUCUGACUUUUAGUUCAACAUGUGCUGUAUUAAAACGCCCUCAUACCUUAAGCACUAUCACCAUUUUAAUAAUAGUCAAAAUAAAUCAAUGCAUAAUGCAUCAUUUAUUGAUUUAA